UAUAUGUGAUCUCCCACCACUCCCCACCUGGCCAGAGCUAAAAUAAUAAAAUGCUGAGCUCACUGUCCCCACGCUCUCCCCGGCACAGACUCCUCCUGCUGACCGGGCAGUGCCCUAGUAGAACAGACGGACCAACUGACAAGGGAGGUGAGAGGUGGCCAUUGGGACUGGUAGGUGGGCACUGGGGGUCUUCUGGGUGGGAGACGGCAGAGUGGGCCGGGGGAGUGAGCCGGUGUGUCUGCUGUCCAGCCGCCGCGCACGCGGAUGUCCCUGUCUUGACUCUGAGGCUUGCUGGCAGCGUCUCACACUCUGGGUCCCCUUCCAUGUUAAGCGUGGUGUGUAUUCAGAGCUUGACUGCUUUCCACACUGAAAGGUUGUGCAAGUUUAUCGUCCCAUCUCCUCAUUUAGAAGACAUUUUCUUUCCUUUUACCCAGGGUUCCAGUGUCACCUUUCUGGUGACAGAUUAUGGCAACUGAAUGCCUUCUGAGGCCACACUCCCCUUCCCCCAAUCUGGAAGUGCCCUAGCUUCUAAGCCUUACUUUCCCUUCUGAUUUAGACUUUUAGCUAACACAGAAAGUGAGAUCUUGGUCUUUUACGAUGAAGGAGAAAGUGAGGGUGUCAUAAACGGCGACCACUCUAGCCCAGCCAAGCCUCCUUGCUUACCAGUUUCCACCACCAGGCCUGGGUAAUGGGGAAGAGAGGAGGAAUUUUCCUGAAGCUCUCUGCCACCCCCUCCCACCUUUUAAUAGGACCUGGGCACGGAGCCAGCUGUGCUGGCAGGGCCUCCAGCAGCUGUGUCAGGGCAAGAGACACUGCCGGGUAAGGGUAAGGUAGGAGAGGGUGCCGCCAGGUUUCCCUAUCACAUGGUGGCGGACGGACCCAGCCUGGAGACUAGAAUCCCCAUCUAGGAUGGCUGGAAAGUGCAGGAACUGGGAGGGGAUCUAACAGAACAAUCUGAUCUUCCCAUCCCCGGGAGACUCUAGCCUCCAAGGUGUCUUGGUCAGUGUCUAACUAUGGCUAGUUUUUUGUGCCCUCCGUGUAUAUACACGUCCAACAACUUUUCCCAUAUUCCCCCAGGCUGUGAGCGUCACACUGUGGGGAGGGGGUAGGGGCCACCAUGUCAUCCUAUCAGAAGGAACUGGAGAAAUACAGAGACAUAGAUGAAGAUGAGAUCCUAAGGACCUUGAGCCCUGAGGAGCUAGAACAGCUGGACUGUGAGCUACAAGAAAUGGACCCUGAGAACAUGCUCCUGCCAGCUGGACUGAGACAACGUGACCAGACAAAGAAGAGUCCAACAGGGCCGCUGGACAGAGAUGCCCUACUGCAGUACCUAGAGCAGCAGGCGCUGGAAGUCAAAGAACGUGACGACCUGGUGCCCUACACUGGCGAGAAGAAGGGAAAGCCCUUUAUUGAGCCUAAGCGAGAAAUCCCGGCAGAGGAACAGAUUACACUGGAGCCUGAGCUGGAGGAGGCACUGUCCCAUGCUACAGAUGCUGAAAUGUGUGACAUUGCAGCUAUCCUGGGCAUGUACACGCUCAUGAGCAACAAGCAGUAUUAUGACGCCAUCUGCAGUGGAGAGAUCUGCAACACCGAAGGCAUUAGCAGUGUUGUACAGCCUGACAAGUAUAAACCAGUACCAGAUGAACCCCCAAAUCCCACAAACAUUGAGGAGAUGCUAAAGAGGGUACGAAGUAAUGACAAGGAGCUGGAGGAGGUGAACCUCAAUAAUAUCCAGGACAUCCCGAUACCUGUGCUAAGUGACUUGUGUGAAGCAAUGAAGACUAAUACCUAUGUCCGGAGCUUCAGUCUGGUGGCCACAAAGAGUGGUGACCCCAUCGCCAAUGCGGUGGCUGACAUGUUGCGUGAGAACCGCAGUCUCCAGAGCCUGAACAUCGAGUCCAACUUCAUCAGCAGCACAGGGCUCAUGGCUGUGCUAAAGGCGGUUCGGGAAAACGCCACUCUCACUGAGCUCCGUGUGGAUAACCAGCGCCAGUGGCCUGGUGACGCGGUAGAGAUGGAGAUGGCCACCGUGCUAGAGCAGUGUCCGUCUAUUGUCCGCUUCGGGUACCACUUUACACAGCAAGGACCACGAGCUCGGGCAGCCCACGCCAUGACCCGGAACAAUGAGCUGCGUGAGUCAUUGCAGACCCGUGUGCAGAGGAGAGGGCAGCUGCCGAGAGGUGUAGACCCCGAAGGCACACGUGGCGACAAAUGCAUGGGUGGUGGCAAACACACUCAGAGCGAAUCGCAGGGAGAUAGAAAAGUCCUUCUCCCCCAGAUACACACCUACAGAGAAGUGGGGGUGGGGGGUUGGAGUGAUGGUAGCUCUAGAGUCCUCUCAUUUUCAGGUGUCACGGAACGGCCAUCAGGUGGCAGGAGGCAGCACCUUAUGCGUCUGCCCAAGGAAAGGAAAGAAACACACCCUUGCCCAAACAACAGCUGGAGCUCCGUUUACCGUUCUUCUUUUCCAGGUCGGCAGCAAAAGAAGAGAUAACAUCACCCUUCCUUUUACCCACAAGAGCCGAGAGCCGGGACACACAGAUCAUCUCUCUCUCCUUUCCUGUAAAUAAACUCCCUUUUG